AUGGGGAAACUCAAAAGCCCUGUGCUGCUUUUUCUGUACAGUUGGACCAUGGUGCUGACGGGGAAGCGCUCGGAGAAGGGCCCUGCAUGUUGGAAGCGCAGAGUGAAGUCUGAAUACACACGGCUGCGGCAGCUCAAGCGGUUCAGACGAGCGGACGAGGUCAAGACCAUGUUCAACUCAAACCGCCUAAAGAUCAACGAGCGCACGGACCUCCUGAACGAGGAAUGGAAGACGCGGCGCCUUCAGCCGGUGCACAUCAUGACGUCUGUGAGCUCUCUGCGGGGGACCAGGGAGUGCAACGUGGACAGUGCGUUUUCAGAGUUCCCGCGGCAGAUGAUUCCUCUGAAGACUCUGAACGCUGUGGCCUCGGUCCCCGUCAUGUACUCGUGGUCUCCGCUGCAGCAGAACUUCAUGGUGGAGGAUGAGACCGUGCUGCACAACAUCCCGUACAUGGGAGACGAAAUCCUAGAUCAAGACGGAACAUUCAUAGAGGAACUGAUCAAGAACUAUGACGGGAAAGUUCACGGGGACCGAGAGUGCGGCUUCAUAAACGAUGAGAUCUUUGUGGAGCUGGUGACUGCGUUGUCUCAAUACAGCGACAACGAAGACGACGAUGAAGAGGAAGAGGUGGAGGGCGACAUGUGCGACAGUAAGGAGUGCCCAGAGGAGCCGCGGGCGAACCACGAGGGUCGGACCAAUAACAACGUCUCUAAGAAGUUUCCGUCAGACAAGAUUUUUGAGGCGAUUUCCUCCAUGUUUCCGGACAAAGGUUCAAUCGAGGAGCUCAAAGAGAAGUAUAAGGAGCUGACGGAGCAGCAGGUUCCAGGAGCUCUUCCCCCAGAAUGCACUCCAAACAUCGAUGGCCCCAACGCGCGGUCGGUGCAGCGCGAGCAGAGCCUCCACUCCUUCCACACGCUGUUCUGCCGACGCUGCUUCAAAUACGACUGCUUUCUCCACCCUUUCCACGCCACUCCAAACACCUACAAGAGGAAAAACCUGGAGAACCUCGUCGACUCCAAACCGUGUGGCAUCGACUGCUACAUGUAUCUGGUGCAGGACGGCAUGGUGAGGGAGUAUCCUGCUGGAGUGGUGGGCGAGCGAGUGAAGACUCCGUCCAAACGCACCAUGCCCCGCCGCCGCGGUCGCCCCCAUAGCAACAGUCGCCCUGGGACCCCCACGGUCGGCUCGGAAACCAAAGACGGCGACAGCGACGGGGACGAGUGCGAGGAGAGGGAGAGUGGAGGAGCGGAGGGCGAGCGAGAGACUGAGGAGGACGAUAAGAAGGACGACAACACCAGUAGCAGCUCAGAGGGAAACUCACGGUGCCAGACUCCGGUGAAGCUGAAGCUGUGUGACUCGGAGCCGGUGGACUGGAGCGGAGCCGAUGCGUCUCUGUUCAGAGUCCUGAUCGGGACGUACUACGACAACUACUGCGCCAUCGCCCGCCUCAUCAGCACCAAGACCUGCCGACAGGUUUACGAGUUCCGGGUAAAGGAGUCCAGUAUAAUCGCUCGCGCUCCGACUGAAGACGAAGACACGCCUCCCAGAAAGAAGAAGCGGAAACACAGGCUCUGGGCCACACACUGCAGGAAGAUUCAGCUAAAGAAAGACGGCUCGUCCAAUCACGUGUACAACUAUCAGCCGUGUGACCAUCCGCGACAGCCCUGUGAUUCGUCCUGUCCCUGCGUCACUGCCCAGAACUUCUGUGAGAAGUUUUGCCAGUGCAGCUCAGAGUGCCAGAACCGCUUCCCGGGCUGCCGCUGUAAGGCUCAGUGCAACACAAAGCAGUGUCCGUGUUAUUUAGCCGUGAGGGAGUGUGACCCCGACCUGUGCCUGACCUGUGGAGCCGCCGAGCACUGGGACAGCAAGAACGUGUCCUGCAAGAACUGCUCCAUCCAGAGAGGAGCCAAGAAGCACCUGCUCCUGGCUCCUUCAGAUGUGGCAGGGUGGGGCAUCUUCAUCAAAGAGCCAGUGCAGAAAAAUGAGUUUAUUUCCGAGUACUGUGGAGAGAUAAUUUCUCAGGACGAAGCCGACCGCAGGGGGAAAGUCUACGACAAAUACAUGUGCAGCUUUCUUUUCAACCUCAACAAUGAUUUUGUUGUUGAUGCCACAAGGAAAGGCAAUAAGAUCCGCUUUGCCAACCACUCUGUGAACCCAAACUGCUAUGCAAAGGUGAUGAUGGUGAACGGAGACCAUAGAAUAGGAAUUUUCGCCAAAAGAGCAAUUCAGACCGGAGAGGAGCUGUUUUUCGACUACAGGUACAGCCAGGCCGACGCGCUGAAAUACGUCGGCAUUGAACGCGAAUCGGAAAUCGCCUGA